AUGGUCUCCAAAUUUGCGAAAGCUUGCAAAUUGAGAUCUAUUGGUGUCUUCUCCAAUGACCACCAGUAUCAAAACAACCUCAUUGGAAACAAUGAUGGCACGUUGAUGGGUGAAGAUAGUAGUGAUGCUGCUGAGGAAACAGAAUUUGAUGAUGAGAAAAUCCAUCCACAACCUGUUGUAGUUCCAAGCAAAAGCAAAAUGUGUGGUGAUGACGAUAUUGUGGAGUUGUUUAACACAGUUUCUGCCUUGAAAUUAGCUUAUAUUCAGCUUCAGGAAGCACCUAUUCCCUAUGAUCCGGAUAAGAUUGUAGCUGCCGAUGAACUUGUUGUGGUUCAGCUUGAAGCACUUUGUAAGUUCAAGAAGGCAUUUAAGGAGAAGAAAUUUUUAAAAACCAAGCUUAAUCCCUCUCGUUUUGAUUGUCUACGAUCAGAAAUUGAUGUUAAUGAGAAGCUUUUAGAGAAAUUGAUGUCUCAAAAUAGAGAUAAAGAUGCUGAGAUUGUACGCCUGCAACAAGAACUCUACAAUUUGGAUUCAGGGAAUAUGGCAUUGGUUGAGAAGAUUAGAGAGAAAAGUUUGGAGAGAAAGAAUAUGAGGAUUUUGAAUGUUUCCAUGUUUGAGCAUGCCUUCAAAAGAGCUUCGAAGUCGAUUCUUGACUUUGCGAGGCCAAUAAUUAGCUUGAUGCAAACUUCAGGUUGGGAUUUAAACCUGGCAGCAAAGCCCAUUGAAAAUGGGGUUGUUUAUGCUAAAAGGUCGGACAAGAAGUACGCAUUUGAAGCCUACAUUACACGAAGAAUGUUUCAUGGGCUAUCACUUAAAUCCUAUAACGUGGAUGACGUCUUGCGGUUCGAAGAUCCUGUUGGGUUUCUUGAAUAG